AUGACGUGUGAGUACAUUCCCCAAGAAAUAGAGAAGAUUAGAUUUGAGAUUAUGGAGGAGGCUGAAACACAUCGUAUUUCAGUGGUCAGUGUUUUUUCCCGCGAUCUGUACACUGGCGAGGGCAAAGUUCCGGCUAAUUCUGGACCUUUAGAUUUAAGAUUGGGUCCUAGUGCUAAAGAUGGAGUUUGUGGUACCUGUGGGGGAAAGAUGGCCGACUGUCCUGGACAUUUUGGACAUAUUGAUUUGGCCCUUCCGGUCUUCCAUCCGGGGUUAUUGAAGAAUGUGCAUAAGGUCCUCCAGAGUAUUUGUAAGAGUUGUGGGCAGAUUCUCUUGAGUGCAGAAGCUGCUGCUACUUUACUGCAACGCAUUCGUAGUCGUGGAGACAAUCGACCGGCUGUGCAACGAGUGAUUAAGAAGACGCAUGAAGAGGCUAAAAGAACAGUUGAGUGCGGUCAUUGUGGGGCGAUUAAUGGGGUAGUAAGAAAGAGUGGGUUUAAGUUCUUCCAUCGGGUGCAUCGGUUGAAGAAACAUGAUGGCUUGAAAGGAAUAGAACGAGCGGCCUAUACUGGAGCAAUUACUGAGAGCAAUGAGUUAGAGGAAUGGUUGAGUGGACCGCCGGAUGAGUACAUAUCUCCUGUUCGGGCUCUAGGUCUGCUCCAGAGAAUCCCAGCGGGUGAAAGAGAACUGCUAGGUAUGCGGUGUACACCGGAGUCUUUAUUACUACAAAGUAUCCCUGUUCCACCCGGUACAAUUAGACCGAGUGUUAUGGCAAUUGACUCGUCUUCUAAUGAGGAUGACUUAACUAUUAAACUAAGUGAGAUAGCUUAUACUAGCCAGCUGAUUAGGGACGAGAUUGGGAAGGGGGCUUCUUUAGCUGCUUUGGCCGAGAAUUGGGACUUGUUACAAUCACAGUGUGCACAACUAAUUAGUGCUGACUCACGAGCGGAUGCGGCUAAGAUUCGUAGUUUAGUGCAAAGACUGAAGGGUAAGCACGGUCGGUUUAGAGGUAAUCUGUCGGGUAAGCGAGUGGAAUUCUCAGGAAGAACGGUUAUUUCUCCAGACCCAAACUUAAGUGUAGAAGAGGUAGGUAUUCCUCGGGAAAUGGCCCAAACUCUAACUGUACCCGUUCCGGUAACUAAAGAGAACAUAGAGCGACUUAGUAAGUUAUCAAGGAAUGGCUGUGAUGUAUAUCCUGGAGCCAAUUACUUGAUUAGAGAAGAUAGACGGAUAUUCUUGCGGCCUAAUAAUCAGCUGGCUAUUCGGCCAGGGGAUACGUUAGAGAGACACUUGCUGGAUAGGGAUACAGUCUUAUUUAACCGGCAGCCGUCUUUGCAUCGACUAAGUAUUAUGGCGCAUCGGGCUAAAGUCUUAACGGGCCGGACUUUAAGGUUUAAUGAGUGUGUUUGUGCCCCUUAUAAUGCCGACUUUGAUGGGGAUGAGAUGAACAUUCAUUUGGCCCAAACGGCCGAAGCCCGAGUUGAGGCGCAGGAGUUGAUGGGGGUGAAGAAUAACUUAGUAGUACCUCGAAAUGGACAGCCGUUAGUAGCUGCAACUCAGGAUUUUAUUACGGGUUCUUAUCUCUUAUCUGGUAAGGAUACGUUUUUUAGCCGCGAAGAGAUGGGUAUGUUAUUGGCGUAUGCUUUGCCGCAACGCCGGGGUGGAGGAAAUCUUAAGCCGACGCUUCUAAGACCGGUAGUACGCUACACGGGCAAGACUUUACUAAGUGAAGUUUUAGGCCUCUCAGUUACUGUAGAAACUAGGACGCGCGGGUAUACGCCUGAAGGUGCUACUGCAGCUAAUGAAGGUUUGUUCGUGAUGCGUCGGGGUGAGAUUCUCUUUGGCCGGGCGGAUAAACGGGUGGUUGGUGGGGAGGAAGGCAGUGUUUUUCACUAUGAGUUACGGAAUAGUGGGCCAGCUCCAGUUGCCGCGGCCUUAGAUGCCUUAGCCCGGCUUUGUGCACGGUAUAUGGGCGAGCGUGGCUUCAGUAUUGGGCUGGAUGAUGUCUUUGCCAAUGAGAGUUUAGAGGGCCAGAUUGCCGCGGCUGUUGAUCGGUGUGAGAUAGAGGCUUUAGAAGCAGCAGAAGACCGGGCUAUAGCCGUUUUGGCUCGAGCUAGAGAAGAUUCAGGUGCUCUAUGCGUGACUAUGUUGGGCCGGCACAAUUCACCAGUUACCAUGCAGGCGUGUGGUAGUAAGGGAAGUUUGAUUAAUGUAGCGCAGAUGGUGGCUUGUGUGGGACAGCAGGUAGUGGGUGGUCAACGAAUUGCUUUGGAUUUUGGGAAUAGGUCUUUGCCGCACUUCUUACCGGAAUCUCCGGCUCCGGCCUCGCGUGGUUUUGUCCGGUCGUCUUUCUGUGCUGGCUUAAGGCCAACCGAGUUCUUCUUCCAUGCAGUUAGUGGCCGAGAAGGUCUAGUUGAUACGGCGGUUAAAACGGCCGAAACAGGGUACAUGCAAAGACGGCUUAUGAAAGUCUUGGAAGGCGUGCAUGUAGCCUAUGAUGGGAGUGUGCGGCGAGGUGGGGUGAUUAUUCAAAGCCAUUUUGGCGAUGACGGAUUGGACCCUGCUCUUCUGCAACGCGGCUCUUUACUUUCUGAUAUGCCAGCUGCCCUUGAUUGGGCCCGAAGUUUAUCUCUAUCCUCACAAUCUACUUCACAACCUGAUUCCCAAACGACUGUACAGUCACCAACCCAUCCCAUGCUAGCCAGACUCUUACAAGCAAUUACUGCCAUUUGGCCGCAAAUCACCACCAACCAUGAACUUAGUCCGAUUCUCUGGUCACUGCUUAACCAGGCAGUUGGUGCACCUCUAUUCCGGGCGGAGAAUCCUAAGCUACUGGGCGAACUAACUCAUUUCCUCUGUAUGCAUACUCAGCCCCAAGAACGAUAUGCCGAGACAGGUAUACGCUUUGUGGCCAAGAUGAUCUACCAGGCUCUGCGGGCCCAAGUAGAGUACGGUACCGCCGUGGGGGCUUUGGCCGCACAGAGUAUUGGUGAGCCGGGUACGCAAAUGACUUUGAAGACUUUCCAUUUAGCCGGAACUUCUGGAGCUAGCAUUACCUUGGGAGUACCGCGGCUGAAGGAAAUCAUUAAUGCUGCUGUUAAUAUUAGCACGCCAAUUGUUAAGGUUGAACAAGUUCCCGGGGCCGUUGGUGUAGCCAAGCGAAUUAGAGCUGUUUGUGUGCGUGAUUUAGCUACUAGUGUGAGUAUUGGAGGAGGAACAGCUUUGUUUACUCUGUCGGGAGUACUUGUCCAUAAUUAUGGGGUGAGUAAAGAGAUACGCUUGCUUGGUGCUAUGCCGAAAGGAGAGGACUAUCGUUGGGAAGUAGGUAUUGAUAAGGGAAUUCCAGCAGAAAUAGAUAAGGCUCUUCAAACUCACUUGCGCGGAGUGCAGACUGUUACUCGGGUGAUUGAAGCUAAUGAUGAGUUGAUUGCGGAGGGAACCGGCCUACAGGAAAUUCUCGGGAUUGAAGGAGUGGAUGCAGCCACAACCCGUAGCAAUAGUGUUUAUGAGGUCUACCGCACGUUAGGUAUAGAGGCUGCUCGGGCUACUAUUGCUCGGGAGAUUGAGUAUACUAUUGGUAAGCAUGGAAUUUCGGUCGACAGUAGACAUAUUGGGUUGUUGGCUGAUGUAAUGUGUGCUACUGGGGAAGUGUGUGGUAUGACUCGUUUUGGUCUGCAGAAGCUUGGUGGAUCGAGUGUGCUUACUUUAGCUAGUUUUGAACAAACGGGCGAACAUCUCUUCUCAGCUGGAUAUGCCGGGCAUGAGGACCGAAUUGAUGGUGUUAGUGAAAGUAUUAUUACAGGUCAAAGAAUUCCAAUCGGUACGGGCACUUUCCGUGUCUGCUAUGAUCUUGAAGCGGCUGCUAAGCCACUCACUACAUCCUAA